ACGUUCAUUUUGGUAAAGUUUUGAAAUUAGAUGGGAGUUCGGUUGUGCUUUAAUUAGUUCAGACAAGUUGUACCUGUGUAAAAGGCUAUGCUCAGCAAGUAUCGACUUAUAAGACUUUUCACCUUUUUAAUUCAGAUGGUGUAACACAAAAAGUAAAAAAAAAAAAUACCAGGAAUAACACAAGCUGUAUUGAAAGCUAAUGAUUUGUGUAUCUAAUUGAAAGCACGCUGAAAUAAUUCUGCCCACCUUAUCCCAAAGACUCGUCAGACAGCGGGCUGUGAGCUUGGAACGGCAUCUUUCCAUUAAGUCUAGUCUGAUAAGGUAAAAGUAUUUGCGGGUGAAAAAUCCUGAAACGUUUUUUCCCCCCUUCGUGCGCCUACAACUCCAAUCAGCGAUGGGAGGCAGUUUAAAAGGCGUUUCCUUCCCCACGAGUGCUUGUGAAACAAUGAGUCUCAGAAGAGAGCCGAGUCAGGCAGGCAGGCAGACAGGCAGGGCUCUCCGCUAUCUGACAUGUAGCUGAUUAAACCGUACAAGAUAAAAUAUUUAUACUCCACUGACUGCAAUCACUGGACUGAAUGCGAAUUUAUCAAUAGGAUAACACGUCAAUGUUUGAUUAUUGUUAAGAUAUGCAAGAUUGUUUUUUCUUUCCUUGGAAGUCAGAAAUCAAUUAGGUAGCGGUGUAAAGUGCCUUGUCUUGGUCUUAGAAAUAACAAAGAUCCUGCUUUUUGCGUAUUGCUUGGCGACAAAAAUUAUAUGGGCUUCCAAGGGCAAUAUCGAUUGUAUUCAAAGCAUAGAUUCGGAUUUUGUUUCAUUUACCGGCGUAAAUAUUUUUCUGCUCGUUUCAUUUCACCUAUACUACUUCGCUUCUAGCAAUGGUGGGCAGACUCAACCUGCAGCAUGUGUCCGACGACGACCCGCUCAACAUGAGGCGCAAAGCGGAGAAGGUGCUGGACAGCCCGGACUCGGGUUUGCCCCCCAGUCCCGGCCCGAGCGCCUGGCUGCCGUCUCCGGUCAGCGGCGACAGAGGAGUGUGCGGUGGCAUCGCCGAAGCCGAGACCAGGAAAGAGCCCCCGCCUCCUGUUCCUUCUUCGUCGGUCCCCCGGCUGCAUCUGCUGUCCUAUGGAGAGGGAGUUCUGGUUGAUCCACUGCCGCCGAAAGAAAUCAGGUACAAGUCGUCCGUGCGAUACGAAUCCGACAGCCAUUACAUCCACCACGUCUCCCUGAGGCCUGUGGGCUUGGGUGUGUCCUCCUGCAGCCAAACGGUGAUGGUGCUGCCCGACCGGACCUGGCGCCGCUACAAGACCCAGCUGGAGUUCCAGCCCCGCCAGCGGGCCCUGCGCUACCAGAGCACCACGAUCGUGUACCCCAAACGCACCCGGGCCGUGUACACCACCAGACUGCAGUACGACUGCCCCCGGCUGGCCAGGCGCUUCCUGGCCAAAGUCGAAAUGGAGGCUAGCGAGGCGGAGGCCAUCCCCGGUCCGUCAGCUGCUGUCUGAGCCCGAUUCGCCACACAUCAAGAACAAAAUGGCGGCUGCAGCCCCGCCUGGAAGACUGUUUGCAACAGCAGCUUUUUGGUCAAACCAAGCUCGCAGCCAAGCUGAAAUGCUAACGAGAAGACACCUUCCACGCUGCGCAGACGCUACUCUUUGAGCUCCAGAUGGUGCAAAGAUGUUGCUUGACAAAAUAAUCAAUAGAAGAUUUUUUGGGGGAGAUGGUUUUACUCUGCCUGUGUGGUACGGCUGAAGGUUGACAUGUUCCGGUUUAGUGGGGGAUUGUGGGACUUGCAUCACGCCACAGCCAGUCUUGGCCGAUGCCCACAGGUGUGCUUUGUGCUGAGGUUCUCUUUUACAGGAAGUGUUAGGAAUGUGGAGAGGGGAAGCAGAAGUCCUGGAAGUCUGAGAUGUGGUGGUUUUCUAGCUCACAAGUCAAGCUGGGUUUCUGAAAGCAAUAUUCGACACACACUAGGCGAAAUAAAAAUAUCUACGGUGAAGCAGAA